GUCGGAAGCCCAUCCGGAGCUAGCCCUCAGAGCCGGAAGAGGCGCUGCCGCCGCUAUUGCCGUCAGUCAUGCCGAAGCACGAGUUCUCCGUGGACAUGACCUGUGAGGGCUGCUCUAAUGCAGUCAGUCGGGUCCUCAGCAAGCUGGAAGGAGUUCAGUUUGACGUUGACCUGCCCAACAAGAAGGUUUGCAUCAACUCCUCUGAGCACAGCGUGGACACUCUGCUGGAGACCUUGAAGAAAACAGGAAAAGCCGUUUCCUACCUCGGCCCCAAGUAGCAGGGUCCUGGCCUCUGGCCCGGAGGAUGGACCAAAGGGGGCAGAUGCAGCUCUGGAGGUGCUUCCUCUAUGUCAAGAAAUUUGGAAGACAGCUUCCUGGCCAACCAACUGGAAGAUACCCAUAUUUGUGCCCAUUCCAAAGAUAGGCGAUCCAACAGAACAUGGAAAUUAUGGAACAUGUGACCUCAAUGCCACCCAGCAUGUCUUCUUUUUCAAAGUGGGCAACUGAGAGCUUAACAUAACUAAGGCCAUGAUAAACCUGUAAGUUGUUCUUCCUCUGCCUGCCUCCUCACAUACCUCUGUUAACGACUUUGUUUGGACCAAAUGUUAAUGACUUUGUUCUUUGUUUUAAACUGAUGCAAAUAAUCUUUUGUUCUGGCGGGACUACCUGUGGCAUACAACCCCCACAGGAAAGUUGGAGCCCAGGUAUCAGAUAUGUAUGUCUUUAGCCUAAUAAAGAAAUGUCUGGCAGGGGACUACAAAGACACUUGUAACCCUUGUAAGAUUCUAUAUAAGCUCUAAUGUAAAACUGCUCUUUGGGACUCCAUAGAGACAGCCUUGUGAUGUAUGCAUCUCCUUAAUAAACUUUCUCACUCUUUCUGACUUGGAGUAUGUUUCAUUGGCUCGACUGCUCCAGGGCACGGACCCUAGUCAGGUAACAAACAAUAUCAUUAAUAUCACACGCAAGUAAAAUUUUACUGAAGAUCAUUAAGAAGUAGUUGCAGCUGUACAUCGACAGGGAAAUUCAAGAAAUUCAAGCUGGAUUCAGAAGAGAACGUGGAACAGGGGAUAUCAUUACUGAUGUUGCAACUUCUUAAUGGGUUGUGGUCUCUGAUAUGUUAACAUUUGAUGGGCGACUGAUUUAGGUCUUUUGUUUUUCACUCAUGGUUUUAAAUACAGUUUGAGGUAUACAAAAUGAUGUAAAAGUCAGUAGUUUGUGGAACUGAGAAAUAAUCACAGAACGUGGCUUAAAAAUCCCAGAACUAGAAACUUCCCAAAAGCUUUUCCAGCUUUGACAUUCUAGAAUUCUAUUCUCUGGGGAUUGGCAGGGACCUUUACAUUAUCAUCAGGACUGAGAACUGUGUUCCUGGUUUCUUUUGAUUCAGCACAGCCCUGGCCAAAUAUCCCGAAAAACUCUUUGUCAUUCAGUAGCCUUCUCUUUGGGCCGUGGGUUCCCCAGAGGAGGUAUAGUUUACUGGGGCACUGAAAACUCAGUGCUUAAAAGUAUUGGCUGCUUCUUAGCAGGGGGUGGCUCAGAUUUUCCCCCCUGAGGUCUCAGAUUGUUGUAGUACAAGGGGCUACCCUUGGUUCAGCACAUUCAUUUUUCAGAGGAGAAAGGGUGGAUACAGAGAGGCUGAGGGAUUUACUAGUGUGAAGUGUAACUCAUAGCAGGGCUGAGCCUAGUACUGACUUGUCCUGAUGGUUUCCAUUACCAUCAAUUAUAAUAGCUUGAAUUUCAUAUUCACUUUCUAUGUGCCAGACUCUGGGCUAAGCAUUUCACAUACUUUACCUCAUUUGAUGCUCACAGCAACCCUGAGAGAAAGGUACUGUUUUUUUUUUUUGCUUUGUUGUGUGUAAUAAUAAUGUUUUAUUGCGCUUUAGGUGAAAGUUUACACAGCAAAUCAGGUUCCCCUUCAAAAAUUUUUAUACAGAUUGUUCCAUGCCAUUUGUUACAAUUUUUAUAAUGUGUCAGCAUUUUAAUUAUUUCCAUUCUGUUUGUUCUGUUUCCGUUGAUCUAGUUUCCCUUCCCCUCCUUGCCUUCUCGUUUUUGCUUUUGGAUAAAUGUUGACCGUUUGGCCUCAUACAGUUAAUUGUUUAAGGAAGCACAUUACUUACGAGUGAUAUUAAUAUUUUAUAAGCCCAUGUAUUAUUUGGCUGAAAGGUAACUUGUAGAAAUAGCUUCAAUUCCAAGUUCAAAGGGUAUCUUAGAGUGGUAGUCUCGGGGGUUCCUCUAGUCUCUAUCGGUCCAAUAGGUCUGGCCUUUUUUAGGAAUUUGAGUUUUGUUCUACAUUUUUCUCCCGUUCUGUCUGGGACUUUCUACUGUGUUUUCUGGUCAGAAUGGUCAGUAGCAGUAGCCGGGAGAUAGGUACUUUUCUCCCCCCCCCCCAUCUGCCAUUUCACAAAUGAGGAAACUGCAAUCCAGAUAAGUAACUUGCCCAAGGCCACAUUGUUCCUUGGUGUGGACCAGAACGUGAACCCAGGCAGUGCGACUGCGGAGCCCACACUUUAACUUCUAUGCUGCUGCUCUUUGUGUGAGGAGGAAGACACUACCAUGGGGCAAGAACACUUCAUCACACCACCUGGAUGUCACACUCCCCCCCCUCCCCAGACCAAUCUUUGCCCCAAUUUUAUGCUCCUGCAUCAACCUCUUGAUGUCUAAUUUAGCACCUUGGCCCAGGGAAGAAUAUGCCCUGAAGGGCAGGUAGAGAACUUUCCACCAGUGCACAAACCUAUCCUUCAAAGGAAGUCAAUGUGUUGGCCUUAACCAAGAGCAUCCUUCUCAACCUGUUGAUGUGAGUCAAUCCCCUAAUACUGCAAAUGGCUUAACUGGAGCUUCACAACCUGCAAAGGUUCUGACCCCAGAUAUGGGAGAACCACCAAACUAAACUAAGUAUCCGUCAAGUUGAUUCUGACUCAUGGCAACCCCGUAUGUGCCAGAGUAGAAAACUACAUAGGGCUUUCGAUGGCUGACUUCUCGGAAGUAGAUCACCAGGGCUUUCUUCCAAGGCACCUCUGGGUGGAGUUCAAUUGCCAACCUUUUGUUAGCACCCACGUGCAUUAACUGCACUGCCCAGCGACUCCAUGGGGAUCACAAUUUCCCCAGAAGGGCAGUGCCAUCCCCAGACCUUGCCUGAGCAGCCCACAGCAGGCCUUCUUCUUUGGCAGCUUUCUGUGUUGUAUACACAAUCAAACUGCAGCAAUAGAGCCUUUCCGUCUGCUACCACUUACUUUUCUCCUGGGCAAAGAAGCCAGGGAAGGGCCUAAUGGACUACAUGAAGCUCUGAGAGUGGAAAGCAUUGUGGAAAGUGUAAGCUGUUUAGUUCAUCCCCUGUUCUUCAGGAGUCUCUUUGUCCCCCAAAACAGGAGGCUUUUAGUCCAUUUCAGAGGUGGAGGUAGGAAGGGAUGAGGUCAUGGGCCUAAGAGACUGUUCCUUAUUGAAGGCUCUAGGAAGACCCAGGGGCAGAGGGUGUUACUUUUAUCCUUAUUCUGACAAUUCUUCUUAGAGGAAUAUUGGUGUGGUGCUGGGCAGUCUGUUCAGAGGACUGAGGGAAGGUGAUGGUUAGAACAAUGAAAGAGAACCAGCUUAUCUGGCCUGCCUCUUAAAGAGCAAGUCUCUACCUGCAUAAUUCUGGAAAAUUCCAACGCUUCAAAAGGCCCAGUUUGAGCAGAGCUACAGUUGAAGAAAACAAAAUCCCAUAGUCACAAGUAAUUUAAAAACUCCAAUUGUCACUUUUUUAUCUCUAAGAAUAUUUAAAAGGAUCUAAUUAAUAAUUCAUACAAAAUUCCAUUUCCAUUCCUAUUAAGUUCCCUAUCUCCCCAACUCCUGAGAAUACCCCCAACUGCUAGGAAACACUACAAAACUGUACACUCAUGACUUUUGAAUUUUUGUCUUUCCUUUCUUACUUUUUGUUUUUAAAUAACUACAGGUUCACAUGUUGAAUCGACUCUGUGGUAACUGAUUUUUUGGUCUUACAAAUUCACAAGAAGUUGAAAAUACAGUACAGACAGGCCCUGUGUACUUUUCACCCACUUUCCCCCAAUGGUUACAUCUGACGUAACUCUUUCCUAUUAAAAUUUAAUAGCUCAUCUAAUCCUUGCAACAACUCUAUGAAGUAACUCUCAUCGCCCCCAUUUUAUAGAUGAAGAAGCUGAGUCCCAUAAAAAUGAAAUACAUUACUCAAGGUCUCCAGCAAGUUGGCACAGACUCAGCACUUAAAUUCAAGAUCUUACCGGCUCCAAAAUUUGUGCGUGACCAGGUUAAUUUUUAUCUUUCUCCCACUCCUGCCCUGGGCCUCUCCAGGAAAGAGAAAAGUCUUGAAAAGGUCCAGCCCCCCGCCCCCCAAAAAUGCAAUUCUUCACAUGCCUCAGAAGAAUAAGGGCAAACUACAAUGCGCUAAAAUUUGGAGGGAGCUUCUGCUACAUAGCUUGGCUGUAGAGUCAUCAAAAUUAUUUUUGUGACUAGACAGUCAGUUCCAGACACUGCUUCAGAUCGUUUCUGAGGCCAGAACAAACUUUUUCUCUCCUUAAGCUUCCCUUUUCCCCCUCUCAUGACUUUCUUCCUUUCUCUACCUCCUGCUUAGAUGUUCCUUUUAGGCCAUAGGGUAAUAUUCCUCUUAGCACCACAGGGUGCUUCUUCUUACUGCUGGCCUUGACUCAUAGAUGUGAGGAGAUGGCUACAUGCCUGCUAGCCAUGGUAUCAUAGUCAGCACGGAAUCUCUCAGAGACAGAAAUAGGAUUUCUUCUGUUAACAGUGACAGAAAACCCAACCCAAACCAGCUUAAACAAAAAGGGGAUUUAUUGGCCCAUGUAAAAGAAACCAGGAGCUGGGCUGUAUGUCAGAUAAGAAAUGCAUUCUGCUACAUGUCACAGAAACUUGAUUCCAGAGGCUUUUUUUCCACACUUUUCUAGAAAUCUAGAGGUUGGCCACCUAAGGAUGAUGUAGUAUAUAUACAUGUCACCAUUGGUGCCUCAGCUCCUUCUGUCAGCCUUUCCUUGUGAGUUCCAUUCUCUCUUUCUCCACUUGUAGUCUUGUGUCAGUAAUCUAAGAAUGAAGAAGAGGGAUGAAGGACCAAGUCUACUUCCUUUCACAAGCUUUUCUGAAAGCCCUACCCAGUGGCUUCUACUUAUAAGUCAUUGGCUGGAGGCACGUCACAUGUCCUGUCUGCACUGCAAGUUAGUUUAGGAAGCUGAGUAUUUUGAGCUGGACAUAGAGCUUCCUGAACAAAAUCCUAGGCAGAAGAGAAAGGAUAUUGGGCAGGCAAAUGGUAGUGUCUUCCCAAUGCUGGUUUAAGGACUCAGACCGAUGCAGUCCCAGGACCAGGCUUUUUCUCUCUCUCUCUACCCUGCCCUCCAUCAUAGUGGGUUCUUGCACAUUCAUGCUGGCCUCCCUUUGUGAUCUGGGAAUGCUGCUGCUACUCUGAGUUGUACACCCACUCCUAGUCAAGCCCACUAGGAAAAAUCUAGAUUCUCUGUUGCAGUCAUACAUUCCAUCUCAUGUCUUCCCUGAAAGAGUCACCGUGGCCAAGAGGAAUGGAAUGGCUUAGCCCUAGUCUCAUGCUCUGUUUCUAAUGUAAAGGUGAAACCCCACCUGGAGCAUAUGGGCUAACAGUGUGGAAGACGGUAAUAGAGGGAAGUGAAUGCUGGCAGCCCCAAACUAAACAGAAUCCUCGGUGUCAUUGUGUUCAGAGAUUUUUAAAUCACUGGAGGUAUGUCAGACCAAAACCCACUGCCGUCGAGUCGAUUCUGACUUAUAGCGACCCUAUAGGACAGAGUAGAACUGCCCCGUAGAGUUUCCAAGAAGCACCUGAUGGAUUCAAACUGCUGAGCUCUUGGUUAACAGCUGUAGCACUUAACCACUACACCACCUGGGUUUCCGAGGUAUGUCUGAGCUUCUCUAAAU